AAAAACAUAUUUUCCGACAGUCGACCCAAAGUCGACCCAUCUCGUCCUCAGAUUCUAUAUAACACUUGAUUAUCGCCGUCCUCUCUCCCCUCGUCCUCACCCUCCCUGCACACCCUCCAGCCCAGGUCGUAUCCCUUCGUAGACAUCCCACCCCUCACCAUGACCAUCCCUCUCAACGGCUCUGCGCGCGCCCAACAGGACGUCGAGGCACCCACCCGUCCCAAGGACGUCGGUCUCCUCGCCAUGGAGAUGUACUUCCCGCAGAGGUGCAUCUCGGAGGAGGAGCUCGAGGAGUUUGACGGUGUCUCGAAGGGCAAGUACACCAUUGGUCUCGGCCAGAAGUUCAUGGCGUGUUGCGACGACCGGGAGGACAUCAACUCGUUCGCCCUCACUGCCGUCGUUAACCUGCUCGAGAAGUACAACAUCGAUCCCGUGUCCAUUGGCCGCAUCGACGUCGGCACGGAGACCAUUAUUGACAAGUCCAAGGCGACCAAGACGGUCCUCAUGGACCUCUUCGCCGAGGCAGGCAACACUGACGUCGAGGGCGUCGACUCGAAAAACGCGUGCUAUGGCUCCACCGCGGCCCUGUUCAACGCCAUCAACUGGGUCGAGUCCUCGUCUUGGGACGGCCGGAACGCGAUCGUCGUGGGCGGCGAUAUCGCCAUCUAUGCCGAGGGCAGCGGCCGGCCAACUGGCGGUGCGGGUGCAUUUGCCAUGCUGAUUGGCCCCAACGCCCCGUUGGUCUUUGAGCCGACCCAUGGCACGCACAUGGCCAACACCUACGACUUCUACAAGCCCAAGCUCGGGUCCGAGUACCCCGAGGUUGACGGCCCCCUCUCUAUCACCGCCUACGUCUCUGCUAUCGAUGCUGCCUACACUGCGUACCGCCGGAAACACGCCAAGGCGAAGAAGGUUGCGAGCCUGAACGGCAAUGGCGAUGCGGCGACUUCGCUUGCAGCGUUCUCGCUCGACGAUGUCGACUUCCCUGUUUUCCACAGCCCGUACGGCAAGAUGGUCCAGAAGGCGCACGCACGUCUGGUCUGGAACGACUUCAUGGCCAACCCCAAGUCGCCGAAGUACGCCAACGUCCCGAACCCCGAGGCGAUCCUCGCGCAGCCCUACAAGGAGUCGCUCACAGACAAGGCGCUCGAGAAGACCUUCAUUGGUGUCGCAAAGAAGGAGUUCGACGGCACGGUCGAGCAUGGCAUGCGCUGCGCACGGCGGUGCGGCAACAUGUACACCGCGUCGCUGUACGGCGGUCUUGCGUCGCUCCUCGCGAGCGUCGAGCCUGCUGCGAUCAAGGGCAAGCGCAUCAGCAUGUUCGCGUUCGGCAGUGGUCUCGCGAGCAGCUUCUUCACUAUCAACGUGAAGGGCGACACGACCACCAUCCGGGAGAAGAUGGACCUCCUCAACAGGCUGGAGAGUAUGAAGGUCGUGCCGUGCCAGGCAUACGUUGAUGCUCUUACUCUCCGGGAGAAGAACCACAACGCGGGUUCGUACGUCCCCGAGGGCUCGCUCGACAACAUCUGGCCGGGUGGCUAUUACCUCGAGAGCAUCGACAGCAAGUACAGGCGCAAGUACGGGCGCAAGCCCAAAGCAUGAUUGUCUUGCUGCUCGUACCUGCUCAUCUGCCCCCUCCGUCCUUUCGUCGUCUGAUCGGAUCCAUCCUACUUAGCAUACUCGCAUACUUACAUCUGUACU